AUGUGUCAUGUUCUAGAACUGUUUACACGUGAACACUUAGCACAAGCAGCAAACGGGUUCUCAGAGUCAAACUUGCUGGGUCGAGGUGGUUUUGGCUAUGUCCACAAAGGAGUCCUCCCAGAUGGAAGAGUUGUCGCAAUAAAGCAGCUAAAGCCUGGAAGCCAGCAAGGAGAGCGUGAGUUCAAGGCUGAAGUUGAGAUCCUUAGCCGAGUUCAUCACAGAAAUCUUGUUUCCCUUGUUGGACACUGCUUUUCUGCAGCCGAGAGGACGAUGAUGCUUGUUUAUGAGUUUGUCUCCAACAAGACUCUAGAAUUUCACUUGCAUGGAAAAGGCAGACCAACUAUGGACUGGACAACAAGGAUGAAGAUUGCUAUUGGAUCUGCAAAAGGAUUGGCUUAUCUGCAUGAAGACUGCAAACCCAGAGUCAUACACAGUGACAUCAAGGCAGCCAACAUUCUUCUUAAUAAUGAUUUUGAGCCAAAGGUUGCAGAUUUUGGACUUGCCAAGUGUUUGUCAGACACUAAUACCCAUGUCUCUAAUCAAGCAGCGGGGACCUUUGGAUACAUAGCUCCAGAAUGUGUAGCUAUCGGGAAAAUCACAGAGAAGUCAGAUGUCUUCUCCUUCGGUGUCGUGCUUUUGGAGUUGAUUAGUGGACGGGAACCUCUCAGUAAGACUGAAUCUUUCACAGAUGGUAUGGUUGAUUGGGCAAGACCUUUACUGUUCCAAGCCCUGGAAAAUGGAAACUUUGAAGGUAUUGCUGAUCCAAGGCUGCAGAAUAAUUACAACCCAGAAGAGAUGAAUCGAAUGGUUGAUUGCGCUGCAAAUUGCGUGAGCCAUUCAGCCGGGCAUCGUCCUCGGAUGAGCCAGAUAGUUCAAGCUUUAGGGGGACAUAUUUGCCUGGAUGAUCUGGAUGAACAGAGUACACCGAGGAGUUAA